AUGAAGAUGGUUUGGCCAUUGACCAGAACGGUGAGCGAGGCCGAUAAUUGGUAUUUGGUGCAGACCAACUACGAUCGCUGGGAGGCCGAUCCGAUUUCUGAUCCUAGACGUACUGUUGCUGAGAACUGUGUGAAGGAGCAUGGUAAGACUAACGAUAUAAAGUCUACCUGGGAUGUUGUCAUGGAUUGCUCCUUUUUAAGCGGAGUCUCUACGAAUCACACUAUUUAUACCUCCAUUAUGGAUCCCACAUAUGGUGACUUCUCCACCUAUAUUCGUUAUGAUGCUGAUGAUGCUUGGAACAAGAACCAUCAGUGA